UUUAGGGCCAUUAAUUCUGACCACGUGCCUGAGAGGCAAGGUGGAUGGCCCCGGGACAGAGGCUGUUCAUCACUAUGUUCCAGGGAGUAGGACGUGUUCAGGGCACGCUGCAGACUCUCGUCUUCUUAGGCGUCCUAGUGGGCAUGGUGGUGCCCUCACCUGCCGGCGCCCGCGCCAACGGCACACUCCUGGACUCCAGAGGCUGGGGCACCCUCUUGUCCAGAUCCCGAGCUGGGCUAGCUGGAGAGAUUUCGGGUGUGAACUGGGAAAGUGGCUAUUUGGUGGGCAUCAAGCGGCAGCGGAGACUCUACUGCAACGUGGGCAUCGGCUUCCACCUGCAGGUGCCCCCCGACGGCCGGAUCAGUGGAACACACGAGGAGAACCCCUACAGCCUGCUGGAGAUUUCCACUGUAGAGCGGGGUGUGGUGAGUCUCUUCGGUGUGAAAAGCACCCUCUUCAUCGCCAUGAACAGUAAAGGAAGACUGUACACCACGCCCAGCUUCCAAGAGGAAUGCAAGUUCAGAGAAACCCUCCUCCCAAACAAUUACAACGCUUACGAGUCAGACCUGUACAGAGGGACCUACAUUGCACUGAGCAAAUAUGGCCGGGUAAAGCGGGGCAGCAAGGUGUCCCCAAUCAUGACUGUCACUCACUUCCUCCCCAGGAUAUAAGGACCCAUGGAUGAAGGCUCACAAAGUGACAGCUGCAUCUUUUCUGUUGGAAUUUUCCACAAGAGAACAAUUAUGCUCGUAUCCUGUGACUUCUGAGUCUGGCUUAUCUUGUGCCUCAAGAGACUGGAGUUGGUUUCCUUGGCCACUGGACUGCAUGGCAUGUAACCCACAUGACUGAAGGGUUGCACUUGACAUCUCAGAAUGCCAGUGGAUCAUGCACUUUGACCUCACCUAAGGAGAGACAGUACAGAUGACACUUGUGACAUGUGGUCCCAUGCAUAAGGAAAGGCUGAGAUGGGAGUGUGCCUGUGUCCAUGCAUACCCAUACGUCUUUAAUAGAUCCUCAAGCAAAGGCAUUUCAAAAUUUUCUUUCUCCUGACAUUGUCACUGCAAGAACCUGCCUACCAGAGCAUCACUUGUCAAGUCAGCAGGAUUGAGGUGUGCCUCAUUCUGCCUUGUUCUGAUCAUCCAUCCAUCCUGAGACAUUAACUGCACCAGUUGUUUGAGUGACAGCGAGCGGCUGUCUUUUAUGUGUAGGGAGGAAGUGAGGGUGUAACAACCAAUUGCAAACUAGAAAAAAAAAAUAACCUGGCACCCUGAACUCCAUGCCCACUGGGCUCCUGAGAACACUAUGAUGCACUGUUAAGGAAGCUGGGAGAGAAGGGGGUCCCCUCCUUGGAAAAAAGUGAUAGAACAGUGUCUGUGGCCAUUGGGAGAUCUGUGGAGGCAGAGGGACUGGAUGUUCUGUAGAGAGCCGUUCUGCCUGAGGUCUUUGAGCUGUGUGUGGCUCUAAGAACAGGCCAACACCAGGCUGCCUGCCCAUAGCGUUUCCUCACUUUGAACCAGGUCUUAUUUUAACCUCGGAUGACAAGGAUCCUAAUAAUGGCAACCUCCCUGGCAAGGGAGGGCAGUGUGCAAAUUAGGGCAUGAAGGAAGUCCAGAGGCUUUGGACUCGCCAUGGUGAUCCCUCUCCAACUAUGUCCAGGAAGCUUGCCCAAGUUCUCACCCGAUACCCUCACUUCCUCCUCACUUGUCCUAAUCUUACAUACACAAUGCCACCUGGAUGCUGUAGAAUGGGUAUUGUGACCUCCAUCAUGUGCCCCUCUUCCUCACUACAGUAGGAGAGGCAUGAUAGUCCCAGGAUUCAGGCAGCCAAGCUGAAAUGCCUCCUUGCUCAGCAGUGCCUUCAUGCCUCUUGUCCUUUCAGAGUAUUUUAAACCAAGGUUCCCCAAGGGACUAUAAAUGUGGUCUGCCUAGAGCCUGCAGAUUCCUGAACUCUUGGAAUGUUCCUAAAUCUGAUACCAGAGAGAGCCAUAUCAGUGCACAAAUAUUUUCAGCAUAUGUUACAAAAUGACCUGACACCCUCUGCUACUCUUGGGAGCCCUGACCUGCAAGACAAUCCCUCAUCUGUUGCAAAUACCUCUGUCUUCAACAUACCUCUCUAUUCGCAGAUCCACCCCUCUAUAGACAGAUCUGGACUCAGGGAUUCUGAGCUGAAGAUGGGGGUUGGCAAUGCAAAAGAGAGACUCCAUUCUGGCUUCCUCCUUUGCCCUGAAAGUGUCGGGUUGGACAUAUGAUAAGUGAGGAGGAAAGGCCAGAGCAAGGUGAGAUAAAUUAACAGAUGGUAGGAGUUCAGCCACACGGACAUCCCCAAGCUUUGGAUGGGAACUAGAAAGAACCGAGUCUUGGAUCAGGUGUAAGAGGGAGAGAAAUCAGUCCAUCUUAAAUGCUGGGAUGUUGGAGUGCAAGUCAGCUGGGAAGGAGAAAGCCACACUCCUUUAAGACAUCUUUGCCAGUGCCACCAACCUCAUUACAGGGUUUGUCAGAAAUGGGGUCACUUGGAAUUUCAAGUGUGUUCAUUCCUGAUGGAACUAUAAGGCCAGGAUGGCUGGGGCUGUGGUCUACGAGAGGGAUAGGAGAAAAUGUUUUAAGCCUCAAGACAAUCAACCACCAGCCUCCCUUCCUCCUUGCCUCCCUUCCUGUCUUCCCUUCUAGACCUUUAAGCCUACAUGCCUUAAGCCAACGUACUCUGGAAAGAUUGCUAGAUCUUCCCCGCUUCUUUAUUGAGGCUCAUGAAGCUGCUCAAAUCCUAAGAAGGAGUUUUAUCAAUUGCCCACUUCCACCUUCCAUGGUUGGGGUAAGAAGGAGGGGAUACAGGACCCUGGGGUGGAGCAGGCCCGGUGUUCAGCUAGCUGCCUGGGAGCCAUACUGGCAUGAG